AUGAACUGUUUUGGUUCUUUUGGAACCUCUAUAUGCUUUCCAGAAACAAUUAGUGAGACGGGGGCACUGAGUCAUGCAGAAAUCGACUUUGGCAUAGAUGAGCUGGAUGACAGUGGGUUUGAUGCUGACGAGGAUGAUGAUGAUGAGGAAGAGGAUGAAGAUGAAAGUGGUGAAGAUGAAGAUGACACAGACUGGGUAGCCAGCCUUGAUGAGGAUGAGGAGAGUGAUGAUUCAUUGGGAGACUGGGCUAAAUUGGAGACCAUGCGUUAUUCUCAUCCUAUGUAUUUUGCCAAAAAGUUAGCCGAGGUUGUCUCGUAUAAUCCUGUAGAUUGUAUGGAACAGCCAACUACUGGCCUUGCUGUCCAUGGCCUUCUAAGGCCCACUUUCAUUGAAGAACAUUCUGUUAUUCAAAGGCAGAUAUCUGAUCCUGAAUCUGGUGAUGUGGAUACAGAUCAAACAGUCCAUAAGACCGUACAUAUAGAUGGGCACGGACAUGGAGGAGAAUUAACAAGGGAUCACCCAACUUUGGAUGGAGACCUGGAGAAAGAUGAAACUCUGGGAAAUGGGUUUGCAUUUUACAAGCUAGAGAUGAUUAAGAUUCAUCUAAUUUCAGCUCAAGGAGAUCAGAGUUACGUUGAAAUAGAAGAUUUUGGGAGGGCUAAACCUGAUGCCAUAGCACAUUCAGCUGCCAAAAUCAUAUCCCGUCUCAAAGCUGGUGGAGAUAAGAUCACGCAAGCUCUAAAAUCUCUAUGUUGGAGAUCAAAGGGUAUUCAAGUGGAGGAGUGUGCUCUUAUAGGAGUAGACAGCCUUGGUUUCGACUUGCGAGUUUGCUCCGGAAUACAAGUUCAGACAUUACGUUUUGGCUUCAAGAAGAAGGCAUUGUCGGAAUAUAGUGCUGAGAGGCAACUAAACGACUUACUGUUUCCUCGAACACACAAGUAUCAACAAAAGAAAGAAGCGCAACAGACCGAGUCGUAG